UGCUGUCAUGUCGCCUCCAAUGCCGCAGGGGGCGCUGUGCUCGGAGGUCGCCGACACUUGAACGCUUAUCACCGGACUGGAGUUCCGCCGCAGAGUAGCAGAGAGUGCCACUGAGACCGAGAGGGAAGGCAGCAAAAUCCCACUGAAAUGGGUUUCGUCAAAGUGGUGAAGAACAAGGCUUACUUCAAGAGAUAUGAAGUCAAAUACAGACGGAGGAGAGAGGGCAAAACUGACUACUACGCCCGCAAACGCUUGGUUGUACAAGACAAGAAUAAGUACAACACACCCAAGUACCGCCUGAUCGUCCGAUUGUCCAACAGGGACAUUUGCUGCCAGAUUGCCUAUGCUAAGAUAGAAGGGGACUACAUUGUGUCUGCUGCGUACUCCCACGAGCUGCCCAAAUAUGGCAUCCCUGUGGGUCUCACUAACUAUGCUGCGGCAUACUGCACCGGACUGCUGCUGGCUCGCAGGUUGUUGCACAAGUUCGGGAUGGAUAAUGUGUUCGAGGGUCAGGUGGAGGUGACCGGCGACGAGUUCAAUGUGGAGAGUGCGGACGGUAAGCCGGGCGCCUUCACCUGUUACCUGGACGCAGGCCUAGCCAGGACCACUACGGGAAACAAAGUGUUUGGAGCGCUGAAGGGAGCGGUCGACGGAGGACUGUCCAUCCCUCACAGCAUAAAACGCUUCCCCGGGUACGACGCAGAGAGCAAAGAGUUUAACGCAGAGGUCCACCGGAAGCACAUCCUGGGCAUGAACGUGGCGGACUACAUGUCCUACCUGAUGGAGGAGGACGAGGAGGCGUACAAGAAGCAGUUCUCUCGCUUCAUCAAGAACGGAGUCACGCCCGACACUGUGGAGGAAAUGUACAAGAAAGCACACGCCGCAGUCAGAGCAAACCCUGUUCACGAAAAGAAACCAAAAAGAGAAGUCCAGAAGAAAAGAUGGAAUCGCGCCAAGUUGUCUCUGGCGCAAAGGAAGAACCGCGUCGCCCAGAAAAAAGCCAGCUUCUUACGAGCGCAAGAGCACGAGGCUGGGGACGGUUAGCGCGUGGCUAAUAAAUGUGUUACAAACUCCA